CCCUGUUUCCCUUUUGGUAAUCAUAAGUUUGUUUUCUGUGUCUGUGACUCUGUUUCUGUUUUGUAAAUAAGUUCAUUUGUACUAUUUUUAAUUUUUAUUUAUUUAUUUAAAGAUUUUUUUCUGUUUCUGUUUUUGGCCAUGCCACGAUUGAACCCAGGCCACAGCAGUGAAAGCCCGGAAUCCUAACCACUAGGCCACCAGGGAAUUCCCAAUUUGUACUCUUUUUUAGAUUCCACAUAUAAGUGACAUUAUAUGAUAUUUGUCUUUCUCUGUCUGACUUACUUCACUUAGUAUGAUAAUCUCUGGGUCCAUCCACGUUGCUGUAAAUGGCAUUCUUUUUUUUUUUUUUUUUUCUGGCUGAAUUCAUAGCUUCCUAAGUGUCCUUUUGCCUGCAGGUCUCAGGAAUCAUGUGGCCUUUGAGGUCUGUGGCCAGCUCCAACCCUGGACUCUCUCCCCAGUUCCCCCAGCCCCAUGGCCUCCAAAGAUGCAAGUUCAUGGCCUUCAUUUUUCCUUUGUGCCAACAGCCAGGACAUCACCAAAAUGAUAACCACAGGGAAGUUACAGUGUCCUAGAAGGAUCUUAUAUUCAUCAUCCUCUUCUGUGUUCCCUCAUUCCCUGGUCUAAACAGAGCCAGACACCAGGCCUUACCCUUUCUUUUUGCCUUAACACUUCUCAGAGUUCCAAAAUUCACUCGGGUAACAGAGCACCGGGAAGUUAUGGGCUCCCUAAGGACACCAGGGAUUACUGAUGUUUCUAAUUCCAUCACAGGAAAGGAGGGUCAGGACCCAAUCCUAGAUGAGGUACAGGAUGCUCAGUGGUUAGUGCACAGGCUGUGGGUUGUGCAAACCAUGGAUUGAAUUCCACCUCCAACACUUACUAAUUGUAUGACCUUGGGAAAGUCACUCCAUUUCUCAGAGUCUCAGUGCUCUGGACUGAAUUGUGUCUCCCUCCAAAGUCAUAUGUUGAAGCCCUAGCCCCCAGUGUGACUAUAUUUGGAGAUGGGGCCUUUAGGAAGGUAAUUAAGGUUAAAUGAAGUCAUAAGGGUGGGACCCUGGUUCCAUAGGACUGGUGUCCUUAUUAGAAGAGAUCGGCAAUCUCUCUCUCUCCAGAAUUCUCUCUCUCCCUGCCUGCACAGAAGAAAGGCCAUAUGAGGACACAGCAAGAAGCUGACCAUCUGCAAGCCAGCAAGAGAGCUCUCGCCAGAAACCAGCCCCGACAGCACCUUGAUUUUGGACUUCUAGCCUCCAGAGCAGACAAGCUCAGCAGGAGCAAGGCCAGGUUGGGGCCACACCUUCCACCCCCAAGAUGUGCAGACUCCCCUGCUUGGAGAAAAGAGGACCCCUGCCCAUCUCCUCUGUCUGCCCCAGGGACCUGGAGACGCAGGCAUCCCUUCCCAGAAGCCCAGGAGGAGGAGGAAGAAGAGGAGGAUAAAUAUGAGCUGCCCCCCAGUGAGGCUGUGCUCCGCCACCUAGCCCCCGCCCACCUUCCUGGCACUGAGGAGGACUCUUUGUACUUGGAUCACUCUGGCCCCCUGGGCCCUCCCAUGUCACCACCACCACCACCACCGCCGCCACCGCAGCCCCAGCUCGAGAUGAUGAACAGCCUCCCCACCUGCCCCACCCCAGGCUACCAUUUCCCAGUGAGUAAAUCUAAGAGGCAUCUCAUUUGCAAGAUUCCCCCACCCCAAGGCAGCGUGGAGCCCGCCGGAGGCCACAAAGCAGAGCCGGCCCUUUGGGAGGCGAGGCCCUGGCAGGGCGCCAGCCAGUGUCCUUCUGGGGAGGGCCUUGCCCAGAGCUCCUCUUGGGCGCUUACGCUGUCUGAGCACAGGACGGGGGAGGUGCUCAUGGGCGCCCCCUUCCGGGCAAAGGAGCACUUUCAAUCAUUCCAGGUCCACCUUGUGGGCAGCGGUGGGGGGGCGGGGGGGGGGGUGCCGGGCCCAGCAAAGAAGCCCGAGGAGGACAUAUACCUAGAUUGUGAGCCCAGUCCAUUCCCUGCCUUGCCUCAGACUCUGAGCUCGCAAGUCCUGAGGCCCCCAGUCCCUCUACCAAGGACAUCAGUGGGGCCCAGGCCCACCACGGCCCCCCAGGAAGCUCGGAAUGGAGCGUCAAAUGCCACCUCUAAAGGAAGGAGAGCCUCUCUUUGCUCUGUAGCUGCCACCCAGAACGCCUCAGCUGCCGAGGAAGGUGAUCUGCUGGGCCAGCCCUGGUACUCAGGGAACCGUGACCGCCAUGCUGUUGAGAGUGCCCUGCUCCGACGCCAAAAGGACGGGGCCUACACCGUGCGCCCCAGCUCAGGCCCUCGUGGUUCUCAGCCCUUCACCCUGGCAGUACUUCUCCACGGCCGGGUCUUCAACAUUCCCAUCCGCCAGCUGGAUGGCGGGCGCCACUACGCCUUGGGCCGGGAAGGCAGGAACCACGAGGAGCUCUUCUCCUCCGUGGCCGCCAUGGUCCAGCACUACCUGCAGCACCCCCUACCGCUCAUGGACAGACACAGCGGCAGCCGGCAGCUCACCUGCCUGAUCUUCCCCACCAAGCCCUGACACCACAGCGAACGUGCACCCCGGCCUCCGGUUCCAUAGUUUGCUCCUCGGGCUGUCUCCCUCUCCUCUCCCAGGUCUCCACCCCGCCAGCCCCUGCUCCCCCAUCCCGUGCCCCAGUCCCUGCAGGCCUCCCUGAGAGGCAUUGGGAAGGGUCGCCCAGAGACAGAAAGGGUCCCUAAGAUCCCACCCCAUGCUCACCCAGAGCCUGGCACGGCCACUCCCUGCUGCACCUCCAAGACUGCAAAGCAGGGGACAGGCAGGGCCUCCAUUCCCGGCCCCCAGGCAUGGCCU